AUGUCCUCCGAACUGAGAUAUACUGCGAACACUCAAUUGGAGCAUCUCCAUGCACGAUACACUGGGACUGGACACGCGGAUCUGAGCAAAUACGACUGGUUGACGCACCAACACCGUGAUACCCUUGCUUCCAUCGUAGGUCACCCUACGCUCGCGUCCUACCUCGCCAUCGCCGAUGGAGAGGCCACCGGGCGAGUCAAGUUCGAAAUGACCGAGCGUAUGCUGCAGCCGUGUGGACCUCCUCCGGCUAAGGAUGAAGAAUGAGCUUAUCCUCAAAGCGGUGCAUGCAUGGCGGUAGAAUUGUCGAGGCGAUACGAGAACUGAUGAUCACGGCUUCUGGUAUUGGCAAAGCAGGGCAUAUGGUAUUUAUGGUUCAACGAGGGGUCUUGAGCCAGGUCUUCCUAGAACGUAUGGCUAUUGCAAUCUUCAUGUGAUGUCCCUCCUACCACCGUGCGUCGUCAGAGAGCAGGCGUUUAUCCAAAUAGACUGAGUAGCGUACUAGUAACUGUGACCUUGGAGUACCUUGGCCCGAAUAUACCUGUCGAG